UCAUUUCUUUAUUUCUUCUUUUUUUUUUACUCCUAUUUUUCUUUUAAAGAAUCCCAAUCAUAUAAUAAACCCAUCACUCUUUAUUCUUCUCUGCCUGCCCCCCUUGCUAGAUAUGAUGGAAAAACACAUUGACAUAGAAACUGAUGCCCACAUCAAGUCUCCGGCGACGGUGGCAAUGGCAGCGGCAGCCACCACCUCCUCCUCCUCUUCCUCGACAACAUCCUUGUGUCUAGGUUUCGAUCAAACCACUAAAAAUUCAAAAGAUUGUGCUUCUUCAAGGGGGUCAAAGAAGGGUCAAAUUUUGGAAAGUGGGAGGUGUGAGAACAAGAAGAGGCAUAGAAGCAAUGAAGACAACGGUGGCAAACACCCGACGUUCCGAGGAGUAAGGAUGCGUAGUUGGGGCAAAUGGGUGUCAGAAAUUCGAGAACCCAGGAAGAAAUCAAGAAUAUGGCUCGGAACAUACCCCACAGCGGAAAUGGCAGCUCGAGCGCAUGACGUGGCGGCGCUGGCCAUCAAAGGCCGUUCGGCUUACCUCAAUUUCCCCGACCUGGUACAAGAACUUCCUCGUCCCGUCAGCACGUCUCCUAAGGACAUCCAAGCUGCCGCUGCCAAGGCGGCCGCCGGAACAUCUCUCCAGAGGCAGAGAGGCAUUGAAGAUGCAGAAACGGAGUCAACCCCAACACAGCUCCCUGUUUCGGAUUCAUCACGCUCUUCGGAGAACGUACGAGAAGCAUCGAAUUCGGCAUCCAUUAAUGACGACGAUACAUUGUUUGAUCUCCCCGAUCUGUCAACUGAUGUGAUGGAUCGAAGCGAUGGGUUCUGCUAUUAUUCUUCAUCAUGGCAGCUCUGUGCCGCCGAUGCAGGGUUCCGGAUUGAGGAGCCAUUCUCGUGGGAGUAUUAGCUACAAACACAUGAUCUGUAGACAACCUCUUAUGGAUGAUCAAGAACUCUUAACACGCAUUUGGGCACGACAAUCCGCCGCCGCUUUCUCCGAGAAGAAGCACCCAACUAUAAGAGAAAGAUAAAGGCAGCGGUAAAAACGACGGAGAAGAGUUAAUCUCCAACGAAAUACAUCAGCAAUAUUUAUAAGAUUAAGCAAUUAAAAUGGGUGUAAAAUAAACUUGCUUUAGCAGAAAUAAAAAAAGCAAGACAAUUAUUUUUGUGUAGAUGUUUAUGACUUUUUUUAGUGUAAAUUUCCUCCUUCUUGAAAUUAAUGAGUAGAAGUUAA